CAGUGGGGGCUGAAACCCUAAAUUCUAGAGUUUGCCUCUACUUUUCGGCAGAGUAAUGCGAACCUUUGUGUUAUAAACGUCAGGAUGGGCAUACUUGCCUCGGGAAAAAGAAAACGUAUAAUUAAAUCGAGGUAUCGCUGCAAGAUUAUCAUGUUUUUAAGUGAAGGACGAUGAGUGAUGAUUUCUUCAAAGUUUUUAGGCAGGUCUUGAGCACGCACAAGCCGAAAUGAUAUAUUUUAUUUUGCCUUUCUCAUUGACCCGUAUGUGCGUGUGUUUUUGUUUCGGGAUAAGCUGAAUUAAACAAUAACUCGUCCAGUUGCAGCUCUUUUAGCCUCAUGCCAUUCUCCAGACCCUCAUAAGAAUCUGGACAUUGGGCUACCUGUGGCAUCAUGAACACUCGUCCCUACUCACCCAGACUAGACGUGUAAUCCAAGAUGGCGGAGAGUGUUGUGCUUUUUGCGAACUCGACAAGAACGCACAAUUCUUUGAAUUAGUGAGGAAAAUUCUGAAAAAUGAAAGCGAAAAUAGUUGAUCAAAGCACGGGCUAUUCAGCCAAGGAACCGGCCUCCGAUGUCCUUGGCCUCAGCUUCAAAUAGCUGCGAUUCAAGAAAAGCAAAUAGUUUUAUUUUUUUCAUUUCAGGUUGCUGCAGUGUUUUUGUUUAAUGUACUAACUGGUGUAGGAAUUCUUGCGCUUCCAUCGUCCAUUGCAAAAGCUGGUAUUAUCUCUGGGUCUAUUUGUUUGACGAUUGUUGCCUUCAUGGCAUUUGUAUCGGCAACAUUUCUUAUUGAGGUAUUGUCAACUGCGAAUGCCUGGGUUAGAUUUCAUCCAAUUCACAUCGGCAAGGGGCAGACAAAAGCAUGUGCUUUCAAGGAGUUUGGAGAAAAAUUAGUGGCAAAAAGCAAAUCUUUGGGUUUGACAAAUCCGUUUGAAAUUGUGGAAAGUGUUGAACUCGGCCAGAUGACAGAGUUGUUUCUGGGAACUGUUGGCUCUACAUUAUUCUAUGCAGUUCUUUGUCUAUACUUGUUUGGGGACUUGGCAAUCUACGCUGUUUCUGUGGCAACAACUUUGACCCGAGUGCUUGGCUCUCAGCCUGAGAUCUCUUAUUAUUCUUUUCUACUGGGGUUUAUCAUGGUGAUAGGACCUUUCUGCUUUUUUAACUUCCAAAAGACCAAGGUGCUGCAGUUAUCUACAAUGGUGUUAAGAAAUACAGCAAUGGUGCUUAUGAUUGUUUUAGUAAUUAAUGAUAUUGCAAGCGGAAAGAGAGUUCCUAUCAACCAAGUGGUGUUAUUCGACAUGGAGGAGACUAAAGAGCUCUUAGGGACAGCUGUCUUCUCCUUCAUGUGCCACCACACCAUAUCUUCUCUCAUCAUGCUCAUCAGAGAUAAACACAAAGCACUAGCAGUAUUCCUGUUUGACUACACAAUAGAACUGUUGUACUGUUCUGUACUUGUUGGUACAGCUAUACUUAGCAGGCCACCUUCAGAGAUCAACGCACUUUACACACUGACAUUCAGGGAUUACCCUGUAGAAAUCCUGGCAAAGUUCCUCAGUUUUUAUCCUGUGUUUACAUUGAGCAGUAAUUUCCCUUUAAUAUGCAUCACUCUCCGGAACAACUUGUUGACACUAUUUAAUGUAAAGAGUGUGCCGUAUAGCCAGCCUAUAUUCACCCUUGUCGCUCUUAUACCCCCUAUGACCCUGGCGGCUGCUGUACAUGAUGUCAGCAAACUAGUUGUGUUAACUGGCUCAUUUGCAGGCUUGGCAAUUAUGCUGUUAACACCUGCCUUUCUGGUCCUUUACUCCCGCCGGAAACUCAGAAGGCUGAUUGGUCCGAACUGGCACGAAAUGCACCCCCAUUUAUCCCCCUUUCAGCACAAUGCCUGGAUCUACUUGGUGCUUGCGUUUGCUGCAUUUGUCUUUUUAAUCAGGGUGUUUUAAAUUAUUCGGAAUGCUCCUGUAAAUACAUUUAUAAAAUAAGAAAAGAUAAAUAUAUUUUUAAAAUACAAAGAAAAAAGUGGCAAAGUUAUUAUCAGAGUUUUUAUUAUUCAGAGUAAAUAAAAGACAAGAAAAAAA